UGCUCCCGGUAUCGCAUACGUUUACCGGGGGGGAAAAUACGUCACCAAACUGCGACUUACCGAGAGCGCCACAUUUCUUUUGCGGCAAAUUAUUGUUGGCAUUUUAGCCGCUGCGAGCUUUGAGCCGCAGUUUAACAAAACCUGGGCGUGCAGUGGGAUUACACAUUAAUGAACUAUGAGUUUGUUUGGGACGACCACGGGCUUUGGCACAGGAGGGACAGGUGUCUUUGGAAACGCAGCGACAGACAGCCACAACCCCAUGAAGGAUGUUGAGGUGACUUCACCUCCAGAUGACAGCAUCAGCUGUCUGGCUUUCAGCCCCCCCACCAUGCCAGGAAACUUCCUCAUCGGAGGAUCCUGGGCCAACGAUGUCCGGUGCUGGGAGGUGCAGGAUAAUGGACAGACUGUCCCCAAAGCCCAACAGAUGCACACAGGUCCAGUGCUGGAUGCAUGCUGGAGCGAUGAUGGGAGUAAAGUUUUCACUGCUUCAUGUGACAAAACAGCAAAGAUGUGGGAUCUUAACAGCAAUCAAGCGAUGCAGAUUGCACAGCAUGACGGUCCGAUCAAAGCAAUCCACUGGAUAAAAGCCCCAAACUACAGUUGUAUUAUGACUGGCAGCUGGGACAAAACACUGAAGUUCUGGGACACCCGCUCUCCCAAUCCCAUGAUGUCUCUGCAGAUGCCAGAGAGAUGCUACUGUGCAGAUGUUGUAUAUCCCAUGGCCGUGGUUGCCACAGCUGAGAGAGGCCUGAUAGUGUACCAGCUGGAGAACCAGCCUUCUGAGUUUCGCAGGAUAGACUCUCCUCUCAAACAUCAGCACCGCUGUGUUGCCAUAUUCAAGGACAAGCAAAACAAGCCGACGGGCUUCGCACUGGGUAGCAUUGAAGGCCGAGUGGCCAUUCACUAUAUCAAUCCUCCAAACCCAGCUAAAGACAACUUCACCUUUAAGUGCCACCGGUCCAACGGAACCAACACAACCACUCCGCAGGAUAUCUAUGCUGUGAAUGCUAUCUCCUUCCAUCCUGUCCAUGGCACACUGGCUACUGUGGGCUCAGACGGGCGCUUCAGCUUCUGGGACAAAGAUGCCCGCACCAAGUUGAAGACCUCAGAGCAGCUCGACCAGCCCAUCACGGCUUGCUGCUUUAACCACAACGGCAACAUCUUUGCAUAUGCUUCCAGUUACGACUGGUCGAAGGGCCACGAGUACUACAACCCCCAGAAAAAGAACUACAUCUUCUUGAGGAACGCUGCCGAGGAGCUGAAGCCUCGGAACAAGAAAUGAUUCGUCGUGCCAAGUCGCAUCUCUUGUGGGGAAAUGCGGAAGACCUGCUGCAUUAGUGUGUGUAUACGCUCGAGACAGACUCCUUCCUUUCGGCAAACACCUGGACCAAUGUCGUGGUGCUGGGUGUACUGUGCAUGGACCAAUCAGAGGGGCCUACCCAACCUGGCGAUGAUGACAGCUGCGUGGCAAUUGGUCUUUUAGGUCAUCAUAGAAGGGGAGGCCUUUUAUUUGUCAUUCAUCUUGAUGUUUCAGUUUUUUUUAUGUGUCCAGCUCCUCAUUUUUUUUUACAGCUUUCCAAAGACUUUUCAUUCUCGUAUGACUUGCUGUUUCUCCAUGGUUUAGAUCCAUUAAUGAAACUCGGAUGUAAAAUAAAUAUUAAAUGCAUACUAUUAGAUUUGAACAUGUUUAUUCCAACCAGAGGGACGUAGGUAGGUUAAGAAAAUAACCUAUUGUGUUUGCUGUAUAAAUGCUGGGGAUUCACA